CAAACGCGUGUGUGUCCGAAGCCGCGCGGUGACAUCAAAGCGAAAAGCGCCGCCAUUUGUCCGGAAGUGUUCAGCGUUAGCGCCGGGGUCCCUGCUAGCAACACAACUAGCCCAUCACCAGAAGCAGCAGCAGCAGCAGCAGAAGCAGCAGCAGCAGCGAAUCAGGGCUAACACGGAGGACAGCUUCCCUUUUUCUUCUUUUUUUAAUUUUUUUUUUUAACAAACGUGUCUUUUCGCGGCAACAACGCGGCCGACACGUCACAGACUGUGGCGUUAUAACUUGCAUAAGUGAAUUCUAUUGUUAACCGUGUUGUGGCCGCCGCUUAGCUUGAACGGUGACGUUAGCUACCUAGCUAACGACGCGGUGCGCAGAUUGAGCAGCUGCGGUUUCCCCUCGAGCCGAACAGGUGCGUCGGUGUUCAGUGUCGGAACAGCCACCAAGCUCCACGAGCGAUGACCGCGAAAAGGCUACAAAAGGAGUUAUUAGCCCUGCAAAAUGAUCCACCCCCUGGAAUGACGCUCAACGAAAAAAGUGUACAGAACACCAUCACGCAGUGGAUCGUAGAUAUGGAGGGAGCAACUGGCACACUGUACGAAGGAGAGAAAUUUCAGUUGCUUUUCAAAUUUAGUAGUCGAUAUCCUUUUGAUUCACCUCAGGUUAUGUUCACAGGAGAAAAUAUACCUGUCCACCCCCAUGUGUAUAGCAACGGUCACAUCUGUUUAUCUAUUCUAACAGAGGAUUGGUCGCCGGCCCUCUCGGUGCAAUCAGUUUGUCUUAGCAUUAUUAGCAUGUUGUCCAGCUGCAAAGAAAAGAGACGACCGCCUGAUAAUUCCUUUUAUGUAAGAACGUGUAACAAAAAUCCAAAGAAGACAAAAUGGUGGUAUCAUGAUGAUACAUGCUAAUGUACAAACUUUGUAAUAAUAUUAGAAGAAAGAAGUCCUACUGACCUACGUAAAAAGCACUUUUUAAUCAUUCAGUCUCUGAACUCUGACCUUUGACUGGAACAGGGGGCACCACGCGCUGGAGGCUCACGACUGCAUUUCCCCCAUCGGGCAGUUGGAUGCAUGCUUUAGUCGGUUGUUAUAUAGAGAAUAAAAAUAAAUGACAGUUUAGAUGCACCCAAGGAGGAUUGUUUUUUGGGCGAAACGGUGGUAAUGCAGCCUGCGAGCAGGCAAGGUGGAUUUGUAGUGAGAUAAUUAUGAUUCCUGUUUUAAGAUUAUUAUCGUUACUUUUUAGUUUUUUUGUGUGGGUGCAUUUUUAAGGUCCUCGUGUUGUGCAAUAAUAACUGAUGGAUGCAUGCUUGGGCCUGCAAAGAGAAAUCCAAAUCGAAUCGUUUUCUGGAAGGGAUGGGAACAUCAUAACCCCAAGGAAAUGCUUCAUCCGUUUUUGAUUUGUUUUGUUUUAAAAAUAUAUAUAUUAUUAUAUGCACUGUGAAAGUAUCGACGUUGAAAAGGCACUAUUAGUUCAUUAUUCCCAUCAUGCAGUUGUACUGUAAGCAGUCCUCCAUAUAUUUAUCAGGUUGAACGGUUUUAGUUUGUAACCACUGUAUCAAGAGUACACAAGGUUUUUUCUUCUUCAUCUUCCAACUUUGAGACCUGGUUGCACUUCUUCCUGCUGUUGGACAGAAUGUCAGUACGGGAACGUAUACGACGAUAUGAAUCGAUCAGUCAGUCAGUGAGUUUGCAUCUCCUCAUAAAACUGGGCUGAACUUGCGUUGCGUUCACUCGUCCAGCCUCGAAGAUGUGCAGCGGGCCUCUCUUCCAUUUGAAAGAAUGUCUGGAAGAGAUCAUUGUCGUAAUAUCUGUUUUUUAUUUUUAAUUUUUUUAACUCAUGCUUUAAUCUUCUAAAAUGUUUGAUUUUUAACUGUCUUCAGUUCUUUAUUUUGUACUGUUUUUUCAACUAGCCGAUACCUUGAAAAGGGCGGGGGGCGGGUGUGUGUUUUGACUGGUCAGUACUUUUUGGUUUAAUUUUUGUAUUUGAAAUUUAAUUUAAGAAAAUCUUUGUUUCAUCUCCAGAACGGUAAUGAAUGAUGAAAAAGGAAGAGUCUGUCUAGGAGUCGUGAUCAUAAUGAGGCUUUUGUGAUUCCCCCUGGUCAGAGUUUUGGCUCAGGUACUUUUUUCAAUAAAGAGAUCACCUCUAAAAAAGAUUCCCAUCAGAUAUUUUGAAUUUAAACUAUAUUUUCACCAAAAGAGACUGUUAUGUUGUAAACUUCUAACAUUUAAACAACAUUGUAUAUACGUCUUUCAAUUGUUGGAUGAUGUGAAAGAAAUUAGCAGAGGAUGCAUUUGCUUCAUAGCAGAAUGAUUAUAGGAGUGCUCUAUUUUAUUGGACGCUAGUCUGCAUCUUUUGCUAAUUAGGAUGUGUACAGUCAGCAACAAAUACUACUGUUGGUUAAGAAAAAAGUUUAGUAGUUUUACAGUGGGGGUGCAUGCAAUUUUUAAACCCUACUUUUUUUUAUUGGCACCAGACAUUGUGACAACUUUUAGUCUUUCCAUAACUUGGGUAAUGGUUUACGGGAUUGGAUAUAACUAACCUCCAGAGGCGUUUGGUCAUUUAAGGCUGUAAUCACUCCAUUCCUAAAGAUAUGUUUUUGUCGCGAUUCAGUCAGAGAUACUUGAAUUUUCCAUCAUGGGUUGUUUGGGUUGUGUUCGCUUUUUCCCCCCCAAGGUCUAGCUGAGUUGCUUGAAUGAAUGUGAUUGAUCUCUAUACUGUAGAGGAGAUUACCACAGCACACCGCUAUCUCAAAACUAUAUUGAGAACUUAGAAGUCAUCUAUUUAACCAAUGAUUUUUGAAAGAAAAAAAAGAAGAUAUUAUUAACCCUAAUUGUAAUGGUCCUUGACUGCUGUCAUCGCGCUUUGAGGACGAACGUGAUUGUGUCGUUGCCGUCACAACAGCGAUGGUGCGGGGACAGAAAGCCUCCACACAGUCAGCAGUGGAACAGCAGAGUGCUGAAGAACUUGCGAGUGAAUAUGUUACAAGGGUGAAUCAUGUGACAUGAUUUUUCUUUUCUUUUCCUUUUUAAUGUGGUUUGAACUCUUAGCUUGCAGGUUGUCGUGAGUGAUCAAUACUAAUGAGGGUGUGUUAUUUAUAUUUGAAAAUUUGUUCUGGGAUGUGCAAGCUCCAUGUAAUAGGUGCCUGUUCGUUUUCAUAAUCAAUAAUAAAAGCAAAGAUUCACUUUUAUUCAA